AUGCGACACCAGAACAUAUUGAAGACGCAUUCUACAGCCGAGUGGGAAUUCAUGAUCCGAGCGGACAGUAUGAUGCACAUGGAGGAUCGGAAAGGACUCGGAACGGAGGCGCAAACGAUCACAGCGGCGUACGAGGUUCUCGGUGACCCCUAUCAGCGCGCACAAUACGACAAGUCAAAACAGGCCAUGGUGAAGGCUAUGGUCAAGGCCAAGGAAUUGCGGAGUCGCAAGCUGUCGGAGUGGGAAAGUAAGCCGGAGGAGCUUGUCCCACCGGAGGCCACAUUCGCGGGCGUCAAAAGAAGGCUAAAGGAUAAGCUUAAAAAGAGCAAGAAGCGACUAGAGGCGGCUUUGGAGACAUCAGCGCACAAAGCUCAAGAAGCCGAGGCGCGACUGAGUCGCGCAUCUCUCACAAGGCUCUGGAACCAAGUGCGCCUGCCGAGGCGCGUUUCACCGUCGAAAGACCGAAGCAGACAUGCAGAGACGACCCUCAUGGUUGGAAGGGAUGGUUUCCAGCAAUGA